GGCGGCCGUAGCGUACCCGCUUCUUGAGUCCGCGUACGACUUGCAGCACCGCGCCCACCACCUCGCUGACCUACAGGAGGAUUUGAAACCACUCAGGGCUAGAGUGCACUCACCACUUAGGUGGGAUGAGCGAUACGCGGAGUACUUGUAGAGAGCAGGAUUUUUGGAUAUUGCAGUUUAGGUUGUCGCGGGUGUCCCUCCAAUGGAUGGACCGUUGUUGACCACUAUGGUCGACAGGUUGCGUCCGGAGACUCACACUUUCCACCUCCCGUUCGGAGAGAUGACCAUCACGAUGCAAGACAUUGCUAUGAUACUUGGUCUUCCACUGGAGGGGCAUCCAGUGAUGGGAAUUAUACAGAAUGAGAGUUGGCAUGACAUGGUAGCAAUGCAUAUUGGGAUUAGGCCACCAGAGCCAGAGGACGGAGACAACUCCAAAAAGACCUCCGGUGUGAGCUCCGCAUGGUUGAGGGAGCACUUCAACGUUUGUCCGCAGGGAGCAAAUGACAAGGUUGUGCAGCGAUACGCUCAAGUUUGGCUAUGGCACUUUGUGAGCACAUUCCUCCUUGAUGCAACUGGGAACACGGUGUCUUGGAUGGUUCUCCCAAUUUUGGGUCAGCAUUGGGACAACAUAGCUCUUUAUAGUUGGGGCUCAGCAAUUCCCGUCUGGCUGUAUAGGCAGCUAUGUGAGGCUUGCAGGUGCACUGCUAGGGAUUCAAAUGUUGGAGGGUGCACCUAUAUGCUGCAGAUUUGGAUUUGGGAGCGAAUGCCCGUGGGUCGACCUUGCCGUCUCCAUGUCGAUCCAUGGCAUCGAAACGAUGCUCAUCCCACAUUCUAUCAUGUGUGGAAGCAUGUGCAGCCCGUUCAUGGUAAUCCUGAUAGGCGCUACAGAGCCUACACAAACGAGUUGGAUGUUGUCACGUAGCACCAGGUUGAAUGGAAACCGUACGACUGUCAGCAGCUAAGCCAGAUCGUAUUUUCAUCGACGUCCUACAGAGACAGAGAGUUGUGGAGGUGCACGACUCCAAUGAUCUUGUACUACGUCGUAGAGUUCCAUAUGCCGCAUAGGGUGAUGCGACAGUUUGGGAGAUGCAACCGUGCCCUCCUUUGGAAUUAUCGACUUCACAGCAACUGCACAGGAUCGACCCCAGGAAGAGGUAUAAGGAGAAUGAUUGGAGGGUGAAGCAUGCUCAGUACCUCAUCCAGUGGGAGAAUAGGCAAAGAUGCGAUCCUGAAGAUGGGCCGUACUGGCGAGCAGGACCAAACAAUGAGUACAUACGAUGGUACUGUGCUUCGACGAGAACUAAAGUGAAACCAUCUUGGAGUAAUGUGCCCAUUGAGGAUGCACCGUCCGACUCGUCCGAUGACAUAGCUGACGUGUAUGACACGGUGACACGCUAUGGGACACAGCCUGAGCGUGCACCUCUCCACGACUACAUGGGACCACAGCUUGCAAGGCUUGCAAACGAGGUGGGCGUGGUCAUGGAGCGCGCAGUCGGAUCCGGUGAUGGUGUGCUUCGUCAGUUCGCAGAGAGGGUUCGAAAAAGCUGCAGGUGAAUGGCCAUGGCACCACGGGGGCAAUGGCCAGGGUACUUCUUCAGGAUCACGUCGGACUCCUUUGGCGACUCCCCCCAGGGCAGCAACACCAUCCACUUCUGCAGGUCCUAGCAGGAGGUCACGAGGCAAGGCACCCGCAUCCCCUCAGGCAAGCGAGGACUCUGAAGGUGAGCAGUCCGAGGAUAACGACCCUACAUAUGGUGAGGAACUGGAGAUUUCCGGCAUGAUCGAUACUCCACCUGUGACUCAGACGCAGGGAGAGUCCAGCCAGGAACUUGCACCUCGUACCCGGAUGCUACACCGGAGGCGUCGUUCCCGGGACCACACCGACAUUGGCAGCGCCAAUGUGCUGCCCACGCAUCCAAGGAGGGAACGUCGCCCAAGAGAUCCUUUUAGCCCUCCGGUUUAGCGGCGGCCACAACAAUGAAAGUUGCAUGUCUCAAGUGUGAUGCACUAGGUGUGCAAUACUGCAUGACUAUAUUGCAAUUUAUGUUAUUUGUGUGUGCAAGACUGUUGGAACUGUCACGUGUGUAAAAGACUAAGUUGGAUGUUAGUUUCAUUUCUAUCCGUACAAUGGUAUAUGUUU